AUGCUGUCGAAUCUGUGUGUGAAGCUGGUGGACAGGAGCCGGACAGAAGAGAAAAUCAGCCAAGCCAUGGCUCACCAGUCUGUGUGGAAAUGGGGGCAGGCCAUUGGCAUGCUGACGCUUUCUAGCCGAAAUGGCCGUGGAUACUUGUUUACGCAUGCUGGUCGGACCUGGAGCAACCUUCUCUAUCCAAACUUGAAGCUGGAGGAUGCUGGAGUAACAAAUGGCAGCACAGUGGAGUUUGCCGGUGACUUCGACAGUUCUGUGGACCAGGCGCUCCUGCUCAGUGUGAAACUAGUGGACAGAAAUAAAACCACGGAGGAGUUCGCGGCGGUACUCCCCGAAGUAUCUGUUUGGGAUCUGGGGGAUUCUGUGGGAUCGUCGCUCUUGUCCACGCUCUCCGGCCACAUCUUCAGUUUCGGAGGUCAGCAGUGGAGGAGCAGCGAGCAUCCCUCGCUGACCUUCGCUCAGGCGGGCAUUCGGCCUUCGGAGUCACCCAUUGAGGUUGAGUACAAGGGUGACUUUACUCGCGCUGUCCCGCCAACCGAAGUGAAGAGCUCUGAAACUGAUGAGGUAAACGUGACAGUGGUGCUGUUGGACAAAUCUAAGAGUUGGACCAGUGCCGCACGAGCCAAACUGAGCACAUCAGUUUGGACCUUUGGAACAGCCAUGGGUAUGGCAAAGUUGUCAACGCAUUCCAGGUCCAACGCUGGCUACGUCUUCCGACGGCAGGGUGGUGAAGAGUACCGGAGCAAUGCGUGUCCCAAUCUUACCUUGACGGAUGUCGGAGUGCGGGAAGGUGAUACAGUGGAGUUCCUUGGCGACUUCGAGCCAUUUGUACCUCCAAGCGAUGCGGCUAAGACGGCCAAGACCAAGAGCAGUGUGGACGCAGAGGUAAACGUGACAGUGGUGCUGUUGGACAAAUCUAAGAGUUGGACAAGUGCCGCACGCGCCAAACUGAGCACAUCAGUUUGGACCUUUGGAACAGCCGUGGGUAUGGCAAAGUUGUCAACGCAUUCCAGGUCCAACGGUGGCUACGUCUUCCGACGGCAGGGUGGUGAAGAGUACCGGAGCAAUGCGUGUCCCAAUCUUACCUUGGCGGAUGUCGGAAUUCGGGAAGGUGACACAGUGGAGUUCCUUGGCGAUUUCGAGCCAUUUGUACCGGCAGGCGCCGCAGCUACUGCCGACGCAGAGGUGAACCUUUCGGUCGUGCUUAUGGACAAGUCCAAGAGCCGGACAGUACCCGGACGAGCCAAGCUCAGUGACUCCGUAUGGCGUUUUGGAGCUGCGGUUGGUAUGAACACGCUGACCACCAGCACAGCGUCAAACAGUGGAUACAUCUUCAGACAGCAAGGAGGACAAAAAUAUAGGAGCAACUUGUUCCCGGACCUUACCUUGGCAGAUGUCGGAGUCAGGGAAGGUGACACUGUGGAGUUCACUGGCGACUUUGAGCCUUUUGCGCCCGCACGGUAA